AUGUGGCUAACUCAAAAACUGGAUCAUUUUUUUGAGGAAACAGGAGAGACUACCAAUCAGAGCGGAAUUGAGGAGCAAUGGAUGAUGCGUUACCUUGUCAACCGUGAAUUCUAUGAACCGGGAGGCCCCAUGUUCAUUGUGGUGGGCGGCGAAUGGGAAAUACAUCCUAAUCUCUUGAGUGAAGGUCAUUUCUAUGACAUGGCCAGACAACAUAAUGCCAUUAUGUUUUAUACGGAACAUCGUUUCUAUGGCAAGAGUUGGCCAAAGGAUUCAGCUGCUGUGGAGGCUUUGGAGUAUUUAAGUGUUCGGCAAUCUUUGGAGGAUUUAAGAUAUUUUAUAAAAUAUCAAAAAUCGUCUCUGAGAGAUUUGGCCAGUUCCAAGGUAGUAUUGCUUGGUGCCUCUUAUUCGGGCAGCAUGGCGGCCUGGUUUAUGAAACUCUAUCCGAAUGAGGCGAAUGUGGCUUGGGCUUCCAGUGCCCCUCUGUUGGCAAAAAUGGAUUUCCAUGAAUUCAUGACCUUGACAAUGGAUGUCAUUGAGCACAAAGGCGGCACCGAAUGUUCCGAAAAGUUAGAAAAAGGAUUCCAGGAUCUUCACCGUAUCCUUCUCAGCUCAUCAGCCUCCAAAGAGCUGCUUUACAAUCUUCAAAUGUGUUCCAAUUUCGAUACUAACAAUGAAUUGGAUAUUUCGGCUUUCUUUAAUGGCUUAGGAAAUUAUUUCGCUGCCAUGGCCCAGUUGUCAAGUAAAUUUGUGACCCAGUUUUGUCAACAAUUCACGGAAAAGGAUACAACACCCACGGAUGCAUUGGUGCAGCACAUAAGAGAUGUAUUUUUACCCCACUCUCAAGACGAAACGAAAAGUCAUGGCCAUAGCCAGAUAUGGUGUCUAGAUCUUUCCUAUGAAGGCAUGAAGUCGCUGUUUUCGUCCGAAGAUGAUGACAUUUUUAAUGGCAAUCGCUGUUGGUUUUAUCAAACCUGCAAUGAAUUUGGUUGGUUUGCAACAACAACAUCCAACGAUGUUGCAGCUCACAAUGUAUUUGGUGGCCAAGUUGCCUUAAAGUUUUUCCGCAAUUUAUGUCAGGAUGUAUUUCAACGAAGUAGAAUAACAACAGCAACACUACUAUCACCGAACAUGCCAAGUGCUGGUGGCCUUACACUUCAAGAACUCUAUUCCCGCGAAUGGAGAACCAACCACAUUUUUGGUGGUCUCACAAACAUUUCACAGAAUGUGAUUUUCACCCAUGGCCGUCUGGAUCCUUGGCGUGCGGUGGGCAUGCAACAUGGCCGCAAUGUCUUGCUCUUGGAAGGUUAUGGCCACGUUGAGGAUUUGGGUUCAAUAAACCUCGAGGAUUCCGUGGCGUUGAAUGUGGCCAAGCUAAAAGUUUCGGCAUUUAUAAAUAAAGCUCUAAGAGAAAGUUAA